GGGGUGGUGGAUUUUCUAGACUGAGGAUGCUGCUGCCUGGUGGUCGGCAAGGGCCCUAUCGGUGUCAAACAUCUGAAUUUUGGACCGACAUAAUCUCAUUUAGUGAUUGUUCUGCUUGCUGUGUUGCGCCACAACAAAUUUCCUUGGGCUAAAUUUUCCCUCAGAUUUGAGUAAAAGAGUUGAGAUCACCCUAAGGAGCCUGAAUACUGAGGCUCUUUUCAACGCUGCUCUUUUGUGGUCUCUGCCUCUAGGGAGUCCACAAGCUGUAAAUCUAACGGACACCCAGCCGUGCAGCUUCCGGCCGCGCCAAGUCUGAGGAAAGCCUUUUCUGCGGUGAGCUGGUAGAGGAGACUGACGGGAGCCAGGGAAUGGAGGAGCCGAGCGCGGGGCGGGGCCCCUUUCAGGCGCACUUCACAAACGCACAAAAACAAGGAAGCCGGACGGAAGGCGGUUGAAAAAAAGGCAAGGGAAGCCAGGAACAGAAGCGCGCCCCCCUCAGGAUCGGUUGGUCGUUCCGAAGCUCAGCCUCGCCUGCCGGUUAAGCCCUGCUUGCCGAUCACGGCCGCGCGCACGCGCGCGCACUCCCGCUGCUCUCGGGUGCUGGGCGGGGAGAGCCGCGCGCGCUAGUUAAUUCUGCCAAUCACGUGUCUCGGCAGCCUAUCGCAUGGCCAAGUCCCGCACUAGCCGCCCACUGGCGGAGGCGCGCGCGCAGACCCGCCGCUCUCAGUCGCUGAGUGAAAGCAGCGCCUCACGCGUCAGUCAGUCUGGCCAAUUGCGUGUCUUUUCCGUGUCUCGCACUGCCCCGCCUUGCCACAGGAUAGAUUUACGGCCGCAACUGCGCGCGCUUUUUGCUUUCGCUGGGGAUGGCGGAGGGAGAGAAAAGCCAAGAUUUCAUUUUCAAGAUGGAAAGUCCAUCAGACUCAGCUGCAGUUUUACCUAACACUCCUCAGGUCUCUGCAAUUCCAUCGUCUCCCUAUACAAGUAGUUCACGAAAACAACCUAUGAGUGCAACACUUAGAGAAAGAUUAAGGAAAUCAAGAUCUUCAUUUAAUUCUUGUUACAAUGUGGUGAAACGUCUUAAAGUAGAGAAUGAAGAAAAUGAUCAGACCUUUUCAGAGAAACCAGCAUCUUCCACAGAGGAAAACUGUUUGGAAUUUCAAGAAAGUUUUAAAUACAUGGACAGUGAAUUUGAAGAAAAUACUUUGAAGAAUCUCAGUGUCUGUGACUCUCAGUCGCUUAAUUCUGGGUCAUGCAGUGCUCUCCAAAAUGAGUUUGUGAAUGAGAAUCUGCCUAAACAAAGAUUAAGCGAUGAAAAAGCCAAAUUGGUGAAGCAGGUUCAGGAGAAAGAAGACCUUCUUCGGAGGCUAAAACUAGUCAAAAUGUAUAGAUCAAAGAAUGAUCUGUCUCAGUUACAGUUGUUAAUAAAGAAGUGGAGAAGCUGUAGCCAGCUGUUGCUUUAUGAGUUGCAGUCAGCUAUGUCUGAAGAGAACAAGAAACUAAGCCUUACUCAAUUGAUAGACCACUAUGGCUUAGAUGAUAAAUUGCUACACUAUAACAGAAGUGAAGAAGAAUUUAUAGAUGUUUAAUUCUUCAUAUUUGCUCCAGAAUAUCUUUGAUAAUGACAACUUAACUAAAAGAUACUUAUGCAUUUUAAAAGGAAGAUAGAAACCAUUAGGGCUCAGAGAAAGGUAUUCCGAUGCACAUCAAUUAAGGGCACUCUGAUAUAUAAAUUUUAAACUAAGUUCUAAAAGGAAAAUUAGUAUUUUGGAUAGAUUUGCCAAAGAAAAAUUGACAUUUAAAUCAUGUUUAAAAAGUUAUUUGGGCAGUUCUGGAAACUAGUUUUAAUACAUUUGUUUUUUUGUGGCAAAAAGUUUUAUUUUAAAUGUCAAAAAUUGUCCAAUCUGGUAAAUGUCUAAAGUUUAAAAAUUUCUGUCUCUCUCCUAAGUUUAUGCACCUUGUUUCCAUCCAUUUACCACAUACUUUCAUCUGAAAAUCUAGCAGGUAAUUAAAGUCAUAUGUCCAAAACUGUA